CGUGUGUGUAUGUGUGUGUGUGUGUGUGUGUGUGUGUGUGUGUAUGUGUGGGCAUGCUUGCAAAUGCAACAAACAAAGACAGAGGCACAGAGAAGCACCACUGUGAAGAAGAUGUACAGAUGGAAAGAUAGCAAAUCAAGAAGGGAAAGUCCACCCACAGUGGAGGCUCUGAGAACAAACUUAAUAAUAGAAAAGCUGUCUUUGACCUUUGAAAAAUUGUUACAUUCCUCCACCGCUGCCUCCUCGACGUUUGAGAAAACCUCGGCCUACUUCUCUGCCUCUCCCGCCUCUCCCGCCUCUCCCCACUUUCCAGUGUCCACCUACAAAGCUCUCCCUCCCUCCACCUGUCCCACCCAGACUUGACAAGCUGGAGGGAGAAAGCAGACUAAAAGCCAACGUCAACGUUGUCUCGCUCAGUAUCGGAAAUCUGGUCAACAUCAGCCAAGCAUCAAACAUGCCGAUUUUUCAGAGCCCGGUGAAAUGUGGGAAAUGUGGUGCUGCCUUGUCAUGUCUGAGUUCUAUGAAGAAGAAUGUGUGGGUGUGUGAGUUUUGUGGGCGUGAAAACAGCGUAGACGACAGUGGGAAGAGAGUGUUUGUGGGUCAGCGUGCAGGUGAGCGCAGUGAUGACCUUUACCUGCCGAACCAGAGCGACGACGACUACCAAAACCUGGAGAACACCCUCGUCGUGUUCUGUGUGGACAUUUCUGGCAGCAUGAGUGUCACUACAGAGGUUACAUCAAGCAGCGGAUCUCCAGCAUAUAUAUCCAGACUACAGGGUAUCCAGGAUGCCCUCCAGAUGGCGCUGUCGUCCCUGCUGCAGCACUCCCCUCACAGGAGAGUGGCGCUGGUGACUUUCAACGAUGAGGUGGUGAUAUAUGGCGAUGGUACUGGUACUCCUCUCACUCUCAGAGAUUGGGCGUUGGUUGAUUAUGAUCAUAUAUGGCAACAGGGGGUAAAUUACCCUAUCCCACACUGUAUAGCUGAGACCUACCACCAACUAAUAAAGAGAGUAAAAGAGCUCAUGGAACAUGGGGCUACGUGUCUUGGUCCUGCAGCGUUAGCGUCGGUUGCCUUGGCAUCAAGGUACCCCGGUUCAAAGGUGGUUUUGUGUACUGACGGCAGAGCCAACAUCGGACUUGGCGAGAUGGAGCAAACCUCGUCUCUAUCCUCCCCUCAUCUUACUUCAUAUUUCUACAAACAGCUGGCUCUACAGGCUGUGGAGAGUGGGGUCAUAGUAUCAGUAAUGACGUUUGAAGGGACAGACUGUCGCCUGGCUGAAGUUGGGAGAAUGGCAGACACUACUGGAGGACGGGUGAACAUCGUCAGCAUCGGCACUGUGGCAACAGAGAUCCAGUCAGCCUCCAUGGACAACGUCCUAGCAACAGGAGCCACACUAACGCUGCUUGCUUCAGAUGGAGUGUAUUUUCCCUAUAUGGAUGAAAGUAAUCACAAACUGGUGACAGAAAUUGGAAAUGUGACAGAGGGGCUGGAGAUCACCUUCCAGUUUGCUGUCAAGAAAGAGUUUAACACAAUUUUUCUCCAGAGGAAAGCACUUCCUUUCCAAGUCCAGCUGAUCUUUAAGACCAGAGACCAGCAAAGGGUCACACGUAUCAUCACUGUACAAAGACCAGUUACUAUCUGCAGUCGGAUUUGGGCCGGUAGCCUAAACAUGGCGGUACUUGGUGUUCACUGUGCUCAGCUCUGCGCCAGUUUAACCAUGGAGGGCCGGGUGGGGGAAGCACAGAGGCAACUGAAAGUACAGCAAGACCUGCUCAAACAGAUCAGCAAGCAGCGGCCAAUCCAAAAGGAAGAGAGUGUCUAUGGCAAUUGGAUGGAGACCAUAUCAUCAAUCUGCGAUGACAUCACCACAGAGUCCUCGGGUUUAUCUGAUGAAGCAGCUAAGGUGGUGUAUCAGAUGAAGAGAGCAAGCAGUGUGAGCAGCAUCAUCGACAGCAACACAGCUGAGAGACAGAAGAAGAAAACUAGGAAGAAAAAGGCACUUGUGGAAGGAAUGUAAAAGGAAGUGUCAUCCACAAAUAUGGAUCAGAUUGUAUUUGGCCAUGUUGGCUUACUUUUUUUUUAUCAGCAGUGUAACUAGAAGAUCAGUUGUAUAAUUAUGACUUAAAUGUUAGAGUCAUGACUACAAAAAGUGAUGAUUUCACUUCAAUACUCAGUCCCUCCAGGAUUUUGCAGUUUAUUUUCUUGUAAUUAUUGCAUGCAGUACAAAGAAUGCUUGAUUUUGCAGCAGCUUCU